AUGAAUAUCUUUUUAAAUGGCUAAAACACUCCAAUAAUGGAAUCCACUACAUUUUCUGAACUACUUUAACGUCUAGGGAUCACUGAUUAUAGCAAAGUUAUUAUUUACAGAAAUGAUUCACAAUUAAUAUUAUAGAAUUAUAACUGCUAAGUCAAAGGCUUUUUAUAUGCUAAUGAUAGGAUCUCAAUACAGGUUAAUAAUGAUAUGAUCCCAAUGCAGGCUAAUGUUCCUUAUAGGCCAAUAAUUAAUACAACUCCAAAUUUUUAUAGUUCUGAACAGAAUCAAACCCAAAAUCCGUAACACAGGGCAACAAAUGCAUAAUUUCCAAUUAAUAACUCAUAGGGAUUAAACCCUUCAUUUAAUUAAUAAUUCAAUUUUCCAUAAGGCUAAUAACAAAAAUUUUAAUAAUUCAACCAACAACCCUCCCAGCAAUAUAAUCAAACAUUAAACUAACAAUAAAACUAACAAUUUAGUCAACAAUUUAGCCAACCAUUUAAUCAAACAUUAAACCCACCAACAAACCCAACACCUUAAUAUUAAUAGCCAAAAAUUUAAACAAGUGGAACUUUUUAAAAUAAUUUUCAACCUUAACCUUAAACAUAAAAAAUUGAUUUUCCAGUAAAUAAUAAUGUAGAGGAGGAUGUUUUUUCAACAUAAUUUUAAAAUUAAACUUAUGAUCAAUAAAGAUAAAAUUAUUUGAAUAACAAAAUGAAUAAUCCAGGAGAGUACAAUUUAUGUCGCGAUAUUGAUGGUUUUAAAUUCACUCUCGAUAAUUAUGGUGAUGUAUUAAUAAUUGAAAAAGCUGAUUAAUCAUUAUAGUUACGAAUAACUAGUGCAUAUAAAAUGAAUAAGGGUAAACGUUAAUCGACUCCUUUAAGUACAAACGAGUUUGAAUCUAAUGUACGAAUGGAACUCAAUUAUACUCGAGUGGCAUUAAUUCAAAACAAAGACAUAUUGGCUGUGUAAUUCAACACUGGUGACAAAAUAUUUAUCAACUUGCACAUGGAGUGAGAUAUAAUGUUAGAUUUUAAUAAUUAUUGAUUUUCUUU